UUAGGAUUCACCCACCAACUACCAAAUCACUCAUUCACCCACAUAUAUAUAUGACCCAACAUAACUCUCCCCACUCAUCAACACAAUUUCUCAUUCAGAUUCACCAAAAGCCUUAGCAACAAAUAUGAGUUCAGCCACCAGAGCAUGGGUUGUGGCAUCCAGCAUAGGAGCAGUGGAGGCCUUGAAGGAUCAACUGGGUGUCUGCAGGUGGAACUAUGCUUUGAGAUCACUGCAGCAGCAUGCAAAGAGCAAUAUCAGGUCAUACACUCAGGCCAAGACCUUGUCUUCUGCCACUUCUGCUGCUGUUUCCAAAAAGGUCAAGAGAACCAAGGAGGACUCCAUGAGGAAAGUCAUGGAUUUGAGUUGUUGGGGUCCCAAUACUGCUAGGUUUUAGUGGGGGUGGUCUUAUGUGGGUUUAUUUAAGCCUAUGUAACCCAAUUGAUCAUUGUGCUGCAAGUUGAUGCUACUUUGUAGCCUUGCCAUCCCAUUAUAUUACCUUAUGCAUCUCUAUGAUUCAUACGGAAUUUUGUCUAUCAAAUGGUAAAUAUGAUUCAAUGAAAAAGAAUUUUGAGGUCUAUUUUUCUGGUUUUA